GCGGCCCGCUGCGAUUGGCGAGGACGCGGCCGAGGGGCGGGGCCCCGCCCGUCCCGCCCUUCCAGGCGCUGGCGUAUUUAAAGGAGUUGGCGGGGCGGCUCCACUCACAGCGGUCCUGCACGGCCUCGCGGGUGGACGCUCCUGCUCCUCCGGCGCGCCCCGCUGCCCCCCCGGCUGCCCCGGCCACCAUGCCUCGCUCCUUCCUGGUUCGGAAGUCGUCCUGCCCCCGCCGGAGGCCCAACUACAGCGAGCUGCACGACUCCUGCCCAGAGCUGACCUUCCAGCAGCCCUACGACCAGGCCCACCUGCUGGCGGCCAUCCCGCCCCCGGAGGUCCUCAACCCCACGGCCUCCCUGCCCACGCUCAUCUGGGACUCCCUCCUGGCACCGCAGGCGCGGCCGCUGAGCUGGGCGGCGCUGCUGCCCGCGGACCUGCCCAAGGCGGCCGAGCUGACCGCCCUGUCGGACGAGGACAGCGGGAAGGGCUCGCAGCCCCCCAGCCCGCCCUCGCCGGCCCCCUCGUCCUUCUCCUCCACCUCCGCCUCCUCCCUGGAGGCCGAGGGCUACGCCGCCGCCGCCUUCCCGGGCCUGGGCCCGCUGCCCAAGCAGCUGAGCGGGCUGGGCCUCGCCAAGGACCCCCAGGCGCGCAAGGCCUUCAACUGCAAGUACUGCACCAAGGAGUACGUCAGCCUGGGCGCGCUCAAGAUGCACAUCCGGAGCCACACGCUGCCCUGCGUGUGCGACACCUGCGGGAAGGCCUUCUCCCGGCCCUGGCUGCUGCAGGGCCACGUCCGCACGCACACAGGUGAGAAGCCGUUCUCCUGCACCCACUGUAGCCGCGCCUUCGCCGACCGCUCCAACCUGCGGGCACACCUGCAGACUCACUCGGACGUCAAGAAGUACCAGUGCCCCACGUGCGCGCGGACCUUCUCCCGCAUGUCUCUGCUGCACAAGCACCAGGAGUCGGGCUGCUCCGGGGGCCCCCGCUGA